AGGCGGGGAUUUUAAACUUCCCUCUCCGUGCUAAGACUCAGUCAGAUGUUAUGGAAAAAUGUGGAACUACAACUCAAAAUUGGUUUUUAGCAAUAGAAAAGGGCGAUUUAUCUCUGGUUCAAAAACUGUGGAAGGAUAUAAAUGAUAUUGAUAUUACGGAUAAUUACAUUCUAAAUAAUAUAAAGGUAUUUUGCAUUUAUUAUAAUCUAUGUGGUAGCAUGAAAAUGUAACUGGGCUUAUUGUUGGUGCCCAUUACGGUCAUAAAGAUAUUGUUAGAUGGCUUUUAAAAAACAAAGCAAAUCCUAACUGGGAAACGAAUGUUUGUUAUACGUUUGUACAUUAUUCAUGAUCGUUUUUAGCUUAAGUGGCGCCCAAUUCACUUUGCUGCUAAACGUGGCCACUGCGCCACUGUGGAUAUGCUCUGUUCUAGCGGAGCUGUUGUUGAUCCUGUUACAAUGAAUAAUGAAACACCCCUUUCGUUGGCUGUACAAUCCCAUAUGCGGGAUACUGUACGCAAACUUGUACACUUGGGAGCAAAAACAAGUAAAAGUAAUGAAGGUCUUUUCUACCACUACGUAUAUACUGGGAUGCUAGUAUCCGACAAUAAGGCACCAGGAUCACAUGAUUCCACCGAUUCCUUUCGUGACAAGAACUUGCAGCUACAAAAUCAGAAUGCACGAAGUAACUCAUCUAUGUUACCUGUUAUUUCUACAUCAUGCCUGGAUAGUGAUCUUAAAGAUCUUUCAGUGGCAAUUUUUGAUAGUCAGAUAAUCAUGAACCAGCUUCAGUGUCAGUCAACAAGUUACGACUUGGAACUCGCUAGGCGAAAGAGAGAACUUAUCAGACGCUUACCACUUCUACCAUGUAUGUCAUUGCAAUCAGCGAAUCAGUUCCUUCAACUAAUUCAACGUGCUUCCCGAGCAGAUUUACCAUUAGAAAGCCGUUUGCUCGCUGUUUCUCAUUUGUUCAACUUGCUUUCUGUCUCUUCUGUCAACGAUACACACAACGACCUUUCAAACAAAACAUCUAAUAAUGCUUUUAAUGAGCCUUACUUACGUCUCAUUGAGGCAUGUCUAUGUGAAACCCAUUGUCCUUUGGAAUUAACUGUUGAACUAAGUAGACUAGCUGUUCAUAUGGCGAGCUUGGGGGUAAACAAACAAAUCGAUGUUAAUGGUUCUGUUGCUGGUGAUGAUUUCACGCCCAAAUCUAACACACCAUCUGGGCACGUUAUUUCUUAUAUACUAAAGUUAUUCAGAAAACUAGUUCUCAAAAGUAAUCCACAGUAUAGAUCAGGGAUUCUUGCCCAUUUAUCACGCAUCUUAUCGGAUUUGUACGCACCAGUGGGUGAUAGAAAAAGGUAUAAUAUCAGUAAUUUAUGCUCCUGGAUUGAUUUGAUACCUUUUAGUUCGAGUGUAAUUUCGAAUCUUAUACGCUUAGGAGAGUCUCUGGAUCAACCACUGAAUGUACCUCGUUUUGCUCAACUUGUUGGUCUUACCGCUCGUUGUCUGAUCAGUGUUUAUACAAAAUCCAGUUCAAGUUCCUUUUCUGCCCGCUUUUCUGAUCUUGCAGAUAUCCUCGUAGGUUGGAGUGUAGAUUCGUCCGGAAAUUCAAAAGAUGUAAACAUUAAUAUUAUCUAUGAAGAACUGUACUUCGGUCUUUCACACUGGUUUCUCAUAUCUACGGAAGAAAAAAUAGAUGAAUACAAACAAACGUCAUUGCCCCUGAUUAUUAACGAAAACAUUCGGGAAAUGAUCUCUCAUCUGUUGGAGGAUAGCGAAAACUCACUUAAUACUGCUAUCUCGGAAUGCUCUAUCAUGAGUUGCAAACGGGGUACUCCAUUAUCAGGAAGCGGGAAACUAGCUUCUGACCCAAACUCUCACUUUGUGUCAGUCCAGCUUUUCCUCAACGUUCUAUGUAGUAUAUUUGGAGGCAUCUGUAAACAUGCAUUCGAUUCUACUCACCUUUGUUUCAAUGACGUUAUAUGCGGAAAUGUUUCACAGUGGAUUGAACGUUUACUUCACAUCAUUCAGUCAACAAGUGCUUAUUACAAUUCAUUAAUAUCACAAAAACAGAGUAGUUCCUGGCAUUCAGGUCAUGGGAAUAUAUCUUCACCUCGUGUACCACUCAUUGUCUUGGAUGGUAUUCAGUCUUCAGUUUUUAAGCUUUUGAAUUGUUUAAUACAGUUUUCUGAUUGCUCUAAUGUUGAUAUAAUAUCAGUAGACAAUUGUGUGAUAUCCAGCGUGGAUCCUGGGAGUUUACCCAACACCGAUUGCUCCUUAUAUUCUCUACUCGAAUUGGUCUUCACUAUCAUCAAAAUAAAAUGCUCAUCUACCUUUACCUCUGUGAACCCCUCAUCGUUACUAAUUUAUUUUGACUCACACUCUAAAUUGCACCAUUUUAAAUUCUGUUCCAAAUCUAAUGUUGAAAAAGGAAGUUCACCAAGUCAAGAAAUUUUUCGUAUGUUGUGCUAUAUGUCAUCAACAUUGAAUCUCCAAAGUGCUGUAUGUGAGUUAGCAUUAUCUGAUCUUCAGCUGGCUAUAGGUUCACAGAAACAGUCAGAUUCAUCUUGUAGUCAUAAAGCUGAAAUCCUAGGAUUAUUUAGUUUAUCUUUGCUUACUGAAGUUAUGAAAAGUAUGUCUUGUGAACUUAAAAAUAAGUUGCUUUACCGUGUAUAUGAAAUCAUUCAACCAAAUUGUUUUGAGAACUGGCAUUAUUUUUCACCUCGUCUUAGAAUAGUCCUCUUGUCGUUCAUGAACAAUUCCUCACUUAUUAAAAGGUCUCAACCAGUCUAUAUUCGCGAUAUGAUUUCUGGUUUUCUUUCUGUGAAGAGUAUUUCAAGUAUCGAAUGUUGUGUUCUUUUAAACCUGACCGAUUUGUUUUUAUCCGAAGGUGUUCUGAAUUCUGAUGAUCAACUGUCUUUAAUUUUUAAUCUCAUAACUCUUUCAAAAUGCAUGUUAAUCACACAAAUAGUUCUGGACUCAACUCACAAUAAUGUUUUCACCUUCGUUGUGAAUGUUCUCAUGAAACAUACACUUCUUCAUAUUGAAAAGGGGAAUGCAAUUCUUGCCUCUCAUCUUUUGCAUUUAUCUCAGAUAUCAUUGUCUUACCCAUGCUCACAAGUUCAAAGGGCUGGUAAUGAUCUCUUACUGUUAGUUGGAUCAUUUUCUUUCUCUAAAGUGGAAUUUCCAGCAUCUUGCUUGUAUUCGGAAUUGCUUUGGUUCACCACUCGCCGACCGGACCAGUCAGCCACAGCAUUAUUACCAGUAUCUAAUAUAAACGAUUCCGAUGGUAGUCAUAACAAUCUAAUAACCAUGACCACUGCUUUCCCUAGUCUGCCAGCUGUUGCGGGUAUUUUGGGCAUUUUGACACGGGGAGCUCCAUACACGCAAAAAGUAGAAAGCAGUCGACUAAAGAUUUUAAAAAGUCCUAUUGACUGGAUACGACGUUUAUCAUACUUAGUUUCUCCACUUCCAUCGGAUAAAAAGUAUGAUUUUUCGUUGCUACAAUGCACUAGUUUCAUUCAACCUGUUCUAUGGCACACUGCAUGGGCAAUGGUUGAUUACAAGUUAAAAGUAGCCCCUUGGGCUAACCCACUGAAAACUUUCUUCUCUCUUGAGGGAACUUUAAGAGCGAUUAUCCAGCCAAUUUAUUCCAACGAUUCUUCUAACAACAACCAAUCCUCAAUCAUUUCAUUCCAUAUGGCAUCUUCAGAAGCUCUCUCUCACCAAAAGAAGAACCGACAUUUAAACCAGAUUCACUUACUUUUGAAUUUUCUAAAUUACCUUGAACGUGUUAUUUUCAAUGCAACUAAUGGUUUUGCGAUUGCACUUUCCCAUCCAUCGACAUCUGCUUCUAUAUUUUUCACUGCAAAUGAAAACACUUGUACACAGUGGUUUAAUCGUAUUAGAACUCUUCUUGUUCGUAUCUCAAGUGACUUGCCGUUAGUGUCCUGUGGUGGCAUGGGACCAGCUAAUGAAGUUUUAUCGACAACUAUUUAUCAUGCAUACAACUUACUCAAAAUUAUUUCAAAUUACAACAACCCAAGUGUUCAAGAAAUUUGGAUCAGCACCUUAAAACAAUAUGGUGACCCUACAGAUUUAUUUAUUUUUCUAUCCAAUGCACUUCAUCAUUUAGGCGCAUGGGAAGAAUUGAAAGCAUUAGCACAGUGGACGGAUGAUCUUUUCACGGCAGAAAAAAAUCCACUUUCAUGGCUUCAUGGUAUAUCUUCUCUAGCUCGUGGCCGUUGGGAUCAAGGUAUUCUACAAUUAACCAGUUUUGUUGAUUCGAACUUGCCAAAAAGCAGUGCUUUAAACCCGGAAAACGUAAUUACCAAUGAAACUGAUAAAUGCUCCAUUCCAACAUCUACAGCGUAUAUCGUAAAUGUCCUUUUUCAAAUGUACCUUUCUGAAGGUAACUAUACUUGUGGGCAUAAACUCCGGAACCGUAUAACAUCGUGUGUCAAAAUGAAAUCUUUAAAGGAAAAUUCAACAUUUCAACUUAAUUCAGCACGCCUCGACUGCUUGAGUAAAUUAUCUGAAUGGGUUUCUGAAAAUGUAGUUGAAGAUAAUCUCAUUCCAAGUUCUUCUGAACUAUGGUCCCAGAGCUCCAUUCAAAAGCAACUAGACAGUCUACUGGUAAAUGCUGCUUGCGUAAAACAUGAUAGUUAUGGCAAUACAGAGGACAAGUUGUUGGUAAAAUGUUUUUCGGAGCUAACGACGAUUAUAAGACAGAAGUCAGCAAGUGCAAACUUCCUUCUACCCUUAAAUAUGUUUGCAGAUUUUUACUCUCAACCCAAUUAUGCUAUGGAUGAUGGUUUGCAAGAUUACAUGACUAAAGCGCAACUUAUACUUAGUGAACGAACAUGUACUAUGUAUGGAUCAUCAAGUCCCAUAAACUACUCUACUUGGGUACACCUCAUUUCUUCCAAUAAGAAAGCCCAUUCUGUCGCUGAACUUUCAGCUUGCCAAUGGGCAUGUUUAAAUAAUUGUCCAUAUCUUGCUCGGCGUUUGCUUGUUAAAACAGCGAAAUGUCUCACACUUCUUGAUACUUCAGUGGAUAAAGAAGCAACAUAUUUCGAUAAGCUUUGCAACGUCGCUUUAUCUUCCUCAGAUGAUAUACUAUCCAAAUUAUCUCAAUUGGAUACUUUAAAGUUCUAUAACUGUAUGGCCAGAAUUCUGUGGUUGUUUGGGAGUGGGAACGACGAACAAGAAUUAAUUAAUAAGACAAAAGCAAUAGCAGUGUUAACUUCUGGUCUGAAAUUGGGAUUAAUGAAAAAAUACACUUGUGAUACAAUUGAAACUGCAUCUAAAUGUAAUUUGGAAGCUGAAAUGGCUCUAAGCCUUUUUGAUUGGCUAGAAUCGCCUACAAAUACUAACGACAUUUCAAUGGCGGAAAAAAUAUAUCUUAGUUUUAUAAGCUCAGACCAACCAGGAGAAAGGUCUCAGAAAUUUUUACGUAUUGCGUCAGACCUUGAAUUGUUCAGUUGCUUGUCUGAUGUAUCGUGGUGUAACGGUAUACCAGAUAUUACUGAACCCCUUCAAUCUACCAAUUCAUUCCCCGGUUCUUCAACUUCAUGGACUAAUCGUUUACUAAUGAUGGCCACACAUUUAUCUUCAAAUGGUUCAUCUGCAUCUGUUUGGCUGAAAUUGGCCAACUGGUGCUAUUUGCGUGGACAUAAAGAGAUCCAUGAAUUCCAAUCAGCAGCAAGAAAUUUUAUUACGGUCCUAAAUGAGAAAUCCUCUAACCAUUCAAGUGUUCCUGUUCUUUUAAAAUUAGUACAACCACAAGAGUAUACAUCACUAACUAUAUUGGUUGAAAAACUGUUUUCUUCUUUAGAAAACUCAACUGAUGAUAGUAAAGACGUUGAUUUGCUUAUAACUACUCUAAUCAGUGCUCUGACAACCUUUUUGGCAACUGAUCGUUGUGAUGAAGAUGACUCAGAGCUAUUCAAACAUCAUUCUGACUUACCAGUUCAUCUCCAUCAGUUCUCUUCUCAGUGUCCUGACGAUCAGAUGGAUUCUCAAAUGCAGCAGAAAUUUUUUUCGCACUUACGGAAUAUUAUCCCUUCUUUGAGAAAUCCAAGUCUAUCAAACGAUUUAGUACAACUUUUGCAUCGAUUAUUAGUCUCGAUUACUGAACGUCAACAUACUCUACAUAUGUCUGCAGCUCAAGCAUAUGCUACAUUUCUCACUAUAGCAGAUCAAUCUAGAGGAUCAGGAAAUUCUAUCUUCUAUAAACCAGUUACUAAAUUAGACAUUACAACAACAACUUUGAAAUUCUUAGAUCUGCUGUGCUCACCAUCUCGCAAACUCCGUAGUAUGAUCUCAGGUUUCCUUGAUCAGGCAAGUCCAGUACUAUCUGAGUUUAAUCAUCAGUCUAUAAAUGUACAAUCAGACAAACUACAACAUGUUAUUGGAUCUAAAUCUAGUCCAACAUUAGGUGGUCCAGCGAUUUGGGAAGCUUGUUUACCACAAGUUUUAGUUCGAUUGGGUUUGCCAGAUGAUAUGAUACGCAACUGCUUAGUUGCACUAUUAAAUCGACUUAUUUAUGUUGGUACUGACAAUAAUGUCAACUUCAAAUGGAAUUCACCAUCUUUCCGCCUAGCAAAUCAACUUGUGUUUCCAGCUGUUGUAGCUGCUUGUGAUCCUGUUAAUCCAGACAAAAAUGUUCCAGACAUUCAACGUAAAGAGAAUCCUGCUGACACAGCAGAUAAUCCUGAUCUCACGAUUUCUACGAACGCAACAAUUUUAGAAUCAGACUCAAAGCUAAAUCCGUCUCACUCGUUUUCAAAAAUAGUUAUUGCUUUAAGAAAUACAGGUUUUAGCGAUCUCGUUCAUGAAGUGGAAAUUUUCACUUAUGAACUACAACGUAUCACUGUUUUAUGGGAAGAAUUAUGGCUUGGUUCGUUGGUACAACAUCUGGAUGAAUUAUCCAAAAAGAUAAAUCUCUUAGAAUCAGAACUAAAACGGACUGAAAAAAUAAAUGUAUCCCAAACUGUUGAGACCUCUAAGGCUUUAUCAAAGCGCAUUUUAAGUAAACACUCAAUAAUUGAAAAAGAAAACAACUCUUUAUUGUCACAUGACGUUAUUGCAAAUGAUACGGACUUCACAUCAGUGGAAACUGUUGAGGAUGAUCUACUGGGAUCCAAAAACUUUACAGAGUCAAUUGAUUUAGCGAAAUACCUUGCUGCACUACAACCAACUCUUGAUUUAUUAUCACAGCUAUACUCUUUAACUAUUCUUGUUAAACCUGAAACUCCACAUGAAGAAUGGUUUCAAAGGACAUUCGGGCAUGUUAUUGAUGAACUUCAAGAAUCGCUAUUGCAUCCUAUGGAUCUUAGAGAUGUGAAAGAACCUGUUUCCCUUAUCCGUCAACUUAUUCAUCAGUUACAAACAACCCACCAAUCAACAUCUUUUUCUCAAGUUCCUACUGUUUCUCGAGUGGGAGCUGCUCCUGAUAUUGAUGUUCGACAGUCUAUAAAUAAUGUAUCCUACCUGAAUCUACGGCAACUCAGUCCUCGGCUUUGUUCAAUACAAUUUGAAAAUGAUCAUUCAGUUAGUUCCACAGGAUCUUUCACCUGUGGAAUUCCCUUACCGGGACAUCUCGGCAUAGGAGCCUCUUACUUAGGUAGCCGUAUCACUGUCUUGCCAACAAAAACUCGACCGAAGCGUCUUUUACUCAGAGCACAAAAUGGUCGUUCUUAUCCUUACCUUUUAAAAGGUUUAGAAGAUUUACGUCUUGAUGACCGUAUUAUGCAUUUGUUCGAGCUUACAAAUAUCGCAGCAGUUGAACUGUCGUCGAAUAAUUCUAGAUCUUUCGAAAAUACUUUUGUCCGAACAUAUUCUGUUACUCCUCUAGGAGUUCGUUCUGGUCUUCUGCAAAUGGUACAGGGUGCUGUCCCUCUUUUCAGUUUGUAUAAAAAGUGGCAACUCAGAAAUUAUAAACUCACUUCUAGUAAUGGCUAUGUAUCGUCUACAUCUGUAAUUCCAAGACCUGGAGAGCUGUUCCAUGCUCGCCUUAAAGAGUUUCUACAUGCUGCUGGUCACCAUUAUCAGUCUCAAUCUCGUUCUAAUUGGCCUCUGGAGAUACUACGCGAAGUACUAAUAUCUUUGGAAGCAGAAACACCUGCAGACUUAUUAACUCGUGAGUUGUGGGCUUCAAAUCCCUCAUGCGCUAGUUGGUGGAGGGUUACACGUACAUUUGCUAAGUCAGCUGGUUUGCUCAGCAGCUUGGGAUAUCUAGUUGGUCUUGGCGAUCGACAUCUUGAUAACCUCCUCAUAGACCUAUCUACCGGGCACAUUGUUCACAUAGAUUAUAAUGUUUGUUUUGAUAAAGGGAAAAGCCUGAGAGUUGCAGAAAGAGUUCCGUUUCGAUUAACAAGGAUAUUAAGGCACGCACUUGGACCUGCGUGUCAAGAUACAUUAGUACGUGGGACGUUCCGGUUUACUGCAGAAAGUGGGUUACAAGCAGCACGUCUUAUAGUUGACCCUAUUUUAAUACAACUCAAAGCUUUUUUAAUCGAUCCUUUAGUGGAUUGGCAACAAAAAAAGCAUCCAACAUCCAGUUCUCAAAUUGUGACUGAUUUCAUUCAUUUAGCUGCUUUUCACGGCGGUGGUAGCACAAAUUCUUGUAAUUAUCAAACAAUAUCAACAUAUCGACGUUUGCGCCGUGUUGAUUCAGAACUUCGAAUGUAUUCAGGUCUUUUAACAGUAAGACUUGUUGAGUUAGUUCAAAGUACUUGCUUGGAAUCAUUAUUUUCGUCUUUGGACGUAGUUGUUUCACGUUUAACUGUUUGGACAGAAUUAAAGAAAGCUCGUCAACGUGCCUCGUUUAUAAAAACUCGUUAUUUGACUUUAAUAGCUGCUACUCACGAUGAUCUGUCGUCUUCCGAGUACCGUUGUCAACAAGUAGAAAAGGCUAAGCAAAGAAUAGAAGAUCUACAUGGAGAAUUUUCAAAACAGAAUAAAAUAUGGAUAGACGAGAUCUUAUCGCACUUCCAAAAUUAUAGAUCACUUGUUGAUUCCACCUGGUUAUCAUCCUUAAUUGCGUCUAAUGAGGAUGUAAAUUCAGCUCUGUGUGUCACCUUAUCUAACUACUACACAAUCGCUAGAAUUUAUAUAACAUGCUCAGAAUUUAUUGAUUCAUUGGCCCAUUGGAUUGAUCAACUAAAAUAUUUUCAUUCACAAAUGGAUUUGUCAAUGAAAUCGAACAAUAUUGGUUCACUGAUGAAUUUAAUUUCAUCUGAUAUUCCGCUAUAUACUUCCAAUUUCGAUUUAAAACUAUCUAAUGUACUAGAGCUAGCAGCCAAGAAAAGUUUUAAUCAUUUAUGUGAAUUACGUCGAAUUAAAGAAGAAAAAGUAAAUUCGAUUUCGGAUUACGCAAAUCCCGAAAGCGCCAUCCUUCAUGAAAUCAAUAAUUUGAAUUUGUUUGUAUUUGACCAAGGAGCCGCUGGUGUAACUGCUUAUUGCUGGGCCUUAUUUGAUUAUGUUUUAAGCGUUUCUGUCAACUCUCUCGCUAUUGAGAUUGAUUUUAAAGAGUGGAAUUUGAAUAAUGGUAACUGUCAAACUGAUACAACUCAUAUUAAGAGUCUUCCCCUGGAUCAGCUUGGGACAUGUACAGACUGCUUAGUAAACUUGUUUAGUGUUCUUCGUCACCAGUCUACAGGUGUUUGGAAUCUUAAUGCUGGCUACGAGGCAGAUGUUAGAAGAGAACUAGCAUUCCUCAUAGCUGUGAAGGAUUCUGUUCGUUGUAUUAGUCAGCUGCGCUCUAAUUUAAUAAAACUUCUGGUCCCCGAAGCUAUAGAAUCCCUUAUAACAGCUAAUGUAUCUAUGGUUGAGAAUUUUUCCAAAUUUGUACUGCAUCACAUGACCAAACCAAAUACCACCAAUCUUAGACAGCUUGUGGAUAAUUUCCUCCUAAAAGAUUUCAUCAUAGAAAACCAGGGAGAUGCACAACUUCAUCACGUUCUUGUUGCUGUUCACCUUGCUCUCACCAAUACAACAUCUCAGUUAGAGGAGAUUGCUAUACGAAUUAGCUCAUGCACCAUAACAGCUUUAGCGUGGUACUACGUCGAUAUCAUUUCUCAAGUCACUACUGUACUGAUGUCGAAAAGUUCUAAUUGCUCCGAAGGUGCGGCUUCAUUAUGGAGAUGGGAGCCUAAUUUAUCGAGUAGUAUUUCGGAUAAUAUUACAUCUUGGACUGAUGAAGUUUACAAUGCUGGAAUUAUGGCUUUUAUUUCUAUACUGGAGGAUGGAUUGACUCACUGGCAGGCAAUUCACCAUGGUUACGCCGAUAAGAUUUUAGAUUUAACCCCUAAAUUAUUUAUUGAUCCCAUAGAUAACUUUAUUGGUCGUUUGUCCUCACGUCUUGCACUAGCAAGCUUAGUUGGAUUAGCGUCGAGUCGUCUAUUUUGUGUACUUGUUGAAAAUACCGGAUUAUCAAUUCAUAGACUUUUGGUUGAAGGUGAACUCUCCGUUAAAGCAUCAGGAUCGGUUAGUGUUGUAAGUCUAUCUGCUGAGAAAAUUGUCGAAAGUGUAAAUGUUCAAAUCUCACUAACGCAGCCUGUUAGUGUGCAGCAUCUUAGAACACCUGCAUGUAAUCUUAUUCAUCGACUAGUUACCCGUUCAAGUCAACUAAGUCAAUGUUCGGAAGAGACAUUUGAAAUUGAGGCUGCUGAACAGCAUUAUAAACAUCUUAUUCUAAGCCUGUCUGCCUAUAACUGGAUGCAUACAAUUGAGAUCGACAAAACGUCACAACUUUUCAAACAAGAUCCAUGUAUUUGCUUAACGAAUGCUCUCAAUUCAAUCAAAGAUGCUGCUGAAUUAGGAUCCGCUUCUGGCGAAAACAUGUCGGAGAUUUCAGCAAACGCUAUUGCCCGGUCAAUCUAUUACGUUGAAACUUUGAGAUCAAGCGGUCUAUCGUCCUCUUCAUCGUUCUCACGGUGUGUAAAUAUAGUCAAUGAACUGGAAAAGGCAAUAAAACAUAAGGAAAAACUAAUAUCAGAGUUCACUGAGUUGGAUCAGAUAAUUUAUUCAGUAAAGGACACGUACGGUCUGAAGUGGCCGAUUCACGAUUGGUUUCAAUCAUCAUCUGAUAGACAUUCAGAUGAAGUUGUCAAAAGCAACUUACUUGAACUUGUUGAAAGCGAUCUUACUUCUGCGGAGUUAGCAGUCAACAAUCUACAUCAACGCCUUUUAUUUAUAAAGGAAGAGUUCAAUGAGAUGGACUUAAAAUCGGAGCCGUUAAACGAUGUUAGCUUUAAUCGAUCAUCAUCACCGGUAGUAAUUCCAAAAAGAGUUAAUCGCAACCCACAAUCUUGUCGCUUAACAACACCUACUUUACAACCCACUGUUUCAUUAUCUUUAUGUUCUUCUGAGGCAUCUACUAACGCUAAGCAACCUACAAUGAUAGCAUCACUACGAUUUCAGCUCAGUACAUUACAAAAAGAAAAAUUGUCUGAUAUUCGACAAAUUGUAAAAAUUCUCAGCCGUUAUGAUUCUGUUCGACUAAAUUUACUACGUUCCGAUCAGAUGUCGCUCAGUGAAACAUGUACUACAUCUGUCUGGAGCGCUUGGUUAGACGGACAUCAAAAUUGGACUACUAUUGUUUUAAGUGUUCUAAAAAGAUUAACCAAAUUUAUUAGUUCGUUCUCACCUUCAGUCAGAAGAUCUACUUCGGAAUCAUGUGAACCUUGUGAAACAAUAGAUGAAACCGAAUUUGCAACUUCUCUCAAUAAAGAUUGUUUACUUGUUAAAUGUAAGCUUGUGGAAGAACUGAUCAAACCUCUGCUAAAUGGAAUUUAUGAAAAUGUUUCCUGUAAUCCACAUCUAUAUCAUUCUCUAGAAGGUUUCCUGGAUAUGCUCAAUGAACACUACAGAAAUAUUAAAGAGAUUAUGUUUAUUCAAAUGAAGGAGUCGGAGGUAGAAAUCAUUGAACCUAAACCAACACCGAAGGUUGAAAAGGUUAUACUUUCAGGAAGAUCUCUAAACAUGGCGGCUUUGUCUGUUUGGAAUCGUAUCUACAACCGUUUGCAUGGAUUUGAUUCGUUUUUACCUACUGCUAACACGGAUCAAUCAAUGUCCAUCAGUGCUCAAAUAGAUGCUUGCAUUCAUGAAGCCACUAAUGUUGAUAAUCUUGCUCUCAUGUAUGAAGGAUGGACGGCAUGGGUAUGAAUUUCUCCAAGUGAUUCACUAAUAUGCUGCAAUUUACACUACAAAGUUACCUUUUAAUUGCUCGAUCUCGAGGAUCUCGUGGUAAAUGGAUUGAUCAAUUAGUACCUCUAGGUAGCUUGAGGAAAUCAUACCCAUAAUAUCCAUCAUUUACACGCGAGAAAAACAAUCAACAUGCCUAUUUCUUUUGAUGAAUAGUUAGUAAGUCUACUUUUAUCAAAUGUAUGUUAGACAAUUUAAUAUAUUACAUAUAUUCUGUUGGUGGUUUAUUUGUUUUGCCGUCUCGGAAUGAGCAACACUGAAGAUGGUCAUUGUUUAUAUGAUAUCCUCUCAUUGUAACAUAACUUCCAGGUAGUUCAUAAUAUAAUUGACCAGUUCAACCUAAUUUAUUGAAUUGGCUUCCUUAUACAUCGAUGCAAGAAUUAUAUAUAACCAAGCUGUAUAAUCCAGGCCACACUGUCUGUUGACUUGCGAUGAUAUUCAUUCCUACAUUAACUGUCUAUAAAAAACAUAGGUCACUGUGAUUUGUACUUUCUGUCCAUAUUUAUAAAGUCUGUGGAUAUUUACUUUUCUUGCCAUUGAUAACAUUAAAUUAAUCUGUCCUUAGUGGUGAUAUAGUAAAAGUUUUUACUGACAUUUGUUGAAAUAGAUACAUUUUUCCAGCGUAUUUUGUUUCGUAAGGUAACGGUUAAUUUACGGAAAUGAUAUAAAACCUUAAUAUUGCACAUAAAGAUUGGGUCGAAUCUAGUUUAAUGUUCCUAGAGGAAAAUUUCAAGAUAUCUUUCACCUUUCCUCAGCUCAGAAACAUUUAGCAUCACAUAUACCUGAUAACUUACUCUCCUGCCAGUUUGCUCUGUGGUGUCAUGUUUGACCCACCGGUCAUCAUUAGAGUAACGUGAUCCUAAUGGAGUUCAGUUUAUGGUGGCAUACUUAUCUAGAGAGGUCUUAUUUAACGUAUUUGUAUAUAAAACAGGUAAAUAGAUCUUUUUGACAUAUUUAAUUUACUGCAUUAAUCACUUGGAUUUUCCGUUUGCUUUUAGCUCCGACUGACGGACUAAUUAAUGGUUGUAAUUGUGGACUAUCAUUGCCAGCCACUUUAUCAGUACACACUACUUAAGGUCAACGUGCUUACUGUUUCAGCCAAACUCUCUUGUUCAACAUCUGUAAAAACUUACGAAAUUAUGUUAUGAUUUCAGCUAUACAACCAUAAAUGUUUUGUCUUCUGUUGACUAAAUCACAAAUUGUAAUUCGUUUUGUAUACGCAGUUUCAUUGUCAUCAUCAAUUAUUACGUACCUACUGCCUUUUUGUGUAUUUCCUAUUCACCAUUGUCAUUAUUUACUCGUGUUCAUUGUUAUAUUUUUAUUUUUUCGUACUUCAUAAACAGUAUUGUGUCAAAGCUUUACCUGAUUUGUUUUCGGUUCUUUCGAAUCCAAAAAAAGAAGUUUAAUGGGGCAUAGCUUUACAGUUCAAAUGAAUGUUAAUAUUGCCUAUCCAUUUUAUAGUGGACCUGAAUAUCGAAUUAUGAAAUUAAUUUAGUGUUCGAAAGGCAACCGCUAUCUUAUUGACGGAGACAACUGAAAAGCUGUAAAACUACAUGACUUCAACUAGUUUUAUUACUACUGGGAUAUAAGGAUUCCAUGUUGACUGAAUAAUUCAGUUGUUGAUACUCUAGAGUUAUUAACUUAACGAUCCCGGAAUUUGUUACCAAAACACUAUAUAAGAAUAAUCGCUAAUUACCGAGUCAGCUUGAUAAAAUACUAUUUCAUACUUACCAUAUAUUUUAAUUACGCUUUGGAGGAUUACAGUUUGAUUAUAUUUGAAAUCUAUAAAAGUUGGUGAACGUGU